AUGGAUUCCGGGCACACACAACACACCGGUAGAGGUGUUCACCGAUUUGACGGACUGACCGGAGCGAUGCCAUUGGUUGAGCUGAGAGGCCUGUCGGCGCUGGAGGCGUGGUCUCGGAGGGCCACCACCGGGUAUAAGGACGUGAAAGUGGCUGACCUGAGCAGCUCCUGGCGCGACGGUCUGGCCUUUUGCGCCCUAAUCCACCACUUCAGACCUGAUCUCAUCGAGCUCAUUAAUUUACUACUGAGCAGCUCCUGGCGCGACGGUCUGGCCUUUUGCGCCCUAAUCCACCACUUCAGACCUGAUCUCAUUGAUUUCGAUAGUCUAUCAAAAGAGAAUAUUCUGUAUAACAACCGUUUAUUUUUUUUCCUGAGUGAUAGUGAUGUUAGGGUGUAUGUUGUUUGUUAA